AUGGCGGCCGAGCUGGUCGAGGGCGGUGCCCCGCGGGCCGCGGCCGCGGGGGCGCGGGCGGCCGAGAGGCUCGUCUCCACGGCCGACCUCCGGGUGCCGGCCGAGGACGCGCGCGUGGUGCUGCUGGACUCGCCGCGCAACCACAUCUCCGUGGUGGAGCUGGCCGGCGUGGGGCGGGCCGUCAUGAAGAGGUUCAAGGUCUGCGACGGCUCUCGGCAGCGCUUCGAGGCGGAGCGCCGCCACCUCGCCGCGCUCUCCGCGAGCUGCGACAACGUGCUGUGCCCGCUGGGCACGGUGGACCAGGCGCCGACGUAUGCUCUGCUGCUGCCCUUCUGCCAGACCUGGGGCUCCCUGGACAAGGUGGUCCACGGCGCGGCGGGGCCGCUCCUCAGCGCGGCCUGGCGCCUCUGCCUGGCCGCGGACUGCGCGGCCGGAGUGGCGGCCGCGCACCGCGCGGGCGUGGUGCUCUGCGACGUGAAGCCGGCCAACGUCCUGGUCGGUGAGGACCGCGUCGGGAGGCUGUCGGACCUCGAGCUGGCCGCCCCGUUGCACGAGCUGCGGGGUCCGCCCCCCAAGCACACGGGCGGCCCCCGCGUCGCGGCCCCGCCGGCGCUUCGAGGGCACGCCGCAGUACGUGGCGCCCGAGCUGAUAUCGGCGUACAACCUCUUCCCCCAGCAGUGGUACGCGCAGCGGCGCGCGUGCUCCUUCGCCUCCGACGUCCUCGCCCUCGGCGUGGGCCUCAACGAGGUGCUGUCGGGGCGGGUGCCGUACACCGACGUGGAGCGCACCGACGCGCAGCGGCACACCGGUGGUGGAGACGGGCUGCACGCCGCGGGCCCUCGGCCGAGGCCGUGGCCGAGCGGGGCCAGCGCCCCGCGCCGCUGGCGGGCCCGCUGGGGGCAGCUGGCCGCCCGCAGGCUCCUCCACGAGCCGGGCGAGGGGCCCUCGGCCGAGGUCGGGCCCGA